AUGGCGGACAGCAAGCAGGGAAACAGUGAGAUAUCGAAUGAAAAACCAAAAAGGAAACACAAACAAUCACUUGGAAGACAAUGUGCAGCUUAUGGAUGUGAUAACAGAACAUUUAGAGAAGAAGGAGGAGAAAGAGUCACAUCAAAGAUAUCUUUUUUUACGUUCCCUGAGAGUGCAAACAGAGUCAAAUACUGGUGCUCUCGUAUCAAACGUGUAAACGGAAAGGACAACUUCAAAGUAACCAAAACAACUGUACUUUGUGAAAAACAUUUCAGACCAGAAGAUAUCUAUCGUCCUCCAGGGGGUACAAAAAAGAGACUUUCAAAUAAAGAGACUGUCAUUCCAUACUUUACUGAGGAUGAAGCUUUAGAUGCCAGCUCAACAAACACAACAAAUCCCAAAAAGCGAAAGCCACCAGCUUCAAGAGCAUCCCCACGAAAGAACUGUAGAGAAACCCAAGAACCCUUUCCUGAGCCUCAACAGGAUCCAGUCAUAGAACCAGAGAUUGAAGAAUCAAUUGACUGGAAGGCAAAAUACCAUGAACUUUUACAGGAAAACAAUUUAUUGAAACAACAGUUAAAAUGGAGUCAAGAACAGUUAUGA